CAAAACAAACCGCGCAAAAACAAAAACAUUCCAACGUUCUGCUCAACCCGCGCAACCCGGCGGAAUCUUCGUCCUCGUCGUUCCCGUAGUUCAACCGCGUCCCAUCAUGAAGCUGCUCGACCUGCGCCCGGACCGCGCAUUACUCAAAGUCGACUUCGCCGGGUACAAGCUAUCGCUGGAGCCGGUGCCGGUGUUGCGCACGGAUCUACCGGUUUCUUCCCGGCCGGACCGGGUCCGCCCCGGCGCGGAUCAGUACUCGUGUUUGGACGCGCAGCUGUUCGGGCUGCAGAACCACCUGGUGCGGGAUCCGUGGGUGGUCGGUAGUUGUUACUUCUUGGAUGGGGGAUGGACGGUGCGGCGGGUUGUGUACGAUGAGGCGAGUGGCCGGUUGAAGCCGGUGAGUUCGGUGUUUAAGGUGGGGCGGAAGCGGGAGCGGCGGGAGGGGGAUUAUAAUUGCUCGAUGCGGUUUUUGUCGGAACGGUACGCGCUGAUUGGGGACGGCCAGGGCGGGUUGCGGCUGGUGGAGACCGGGGAUCGGCGGCGUGGGGACGAGUGGAAGGGCCGGUUUGUGUUUCCGGCGGUGGAUGGGAUGGAGGAGGGUUUUGUGGUGUUGGAUGGGAGGUUCGAGGUGGCUGGUGGUGGGGAGCGGCACGUUCACGCUGUUUGCGGUUCUGUGAGGCGCACGGAAGAGGAUGGGUUCGAGACGGUUCUGCACUGGGUGAAGGCGAUUCAGGAGGAGGGAGGAAGUGGAGAGUGGAAGUAUCAUUCGGUGAAGGUGCUGCGGGGUCGGGGAUUUCCGGUGUACUGCGCGCUGGAGCUGAAGAGUAGGGGGUUGGUGCUGGCCAGCGAUAAGCCGUUCAAGUUUGUGCUGGACUCGGAGAACCCGAUUGUGGAGAAGGAAGUCGUGCCGGAGUUGAAGAAGCCGGAGGCGGAGGGAGAACGAGAGCCGGUUGAGGUGAACUUUGAGUGGAGUCAGACGCUGGAGGACAUAAGCGUGAAGGUACCGAAGGAGGAAGGGUUCAGCUACAAAGUGACCAACGAGAACAUGAAGCUGAAAGUGCACCGCAAUGAGGCGUUGAUCAUCGACGGGGAGAGUUUCUUUGCAGCUAUCGACGCCGAGUUGACCUCCUGGACCAACGAACAGUCCGAGCUACAGAUAACGCUGUUCAAAUCUCAACCCGGAGUGAUGUGGCCCUUCCUGUUCCCAGGCUGUCCCGAAGAAACCAACGCAAAUCGCGCCGAAGGAGAAGACCUGCCACCAGUUUCAAACCUAACCAGCCAGCUGGAAGAGUGCGACUUCGGCAUCGUCGGUUCCGGCGAAGAAACGGAAUACACACUCGAGCGGUUCGACGCCACAAGUCACGCAGUGACGCACAAGACGUUCCUCGGCGGAAACGGUCCGCUGUUCAGUCUACCGCUGCGCCCCGAAUUCCCACCGGCAAUCGCCCUCCGCCACGACGUCGACGCGUGCCUGUGGCUGCAGCAACCCGGCGACGAGUGGUCCCUGCGGCACGAGGGCACCUUGCACGCGUUCGGUUACGUACAAGCGUCCAAACAGCAGCGCAAGUUCCUGUCCUGCUCGCCGGACCUGAGCUACGCGUUGAUCUGCGAAGCCGAGCGGCACAUCUUCAUCUACAAGGCGAGUUACGGCGCGGAAGGUUUGCGCCACCGGAACGGGCCCCAGGUGAGCAUCGGUCAGCAGAAGCUUGUUUCGCUCGAGGGAAGUGGUGAAAUUAUCGGACUUUGCGCGGAAAACGACUGCGCGAUCCUGCUGACCGAGAGUCACGUGCUCGUGCUGCAGCUGCGGAUCGAAGAGUAACAACAACAAUACACACGCAACUUCUUAACUUUACACUGAAACGCCCAACA